CAGUGGUGGCCUGGUAGUCGGUGGUCUAGCGCAGCCGCACUGGCUACCAGGUAGACGGGACUAUGUUGCUGUGAUUCAGUCACUUCGACGAUGUCUUGGCCUCUUUUUGUCGCCAUAGAUAGACACCCUGCUUCCUGGUGAAUGUGUUCGCGGUGAAGGACGUUCCGCUGUCUGCCUGGGGGUUGUGUUGAACGUUUUGGCAGAAAAAUGGGAGCGUUUCUGGACAAGCCAAAGAUGGAAAAACAUAAUGCCCGUGGUGAGGGGAACGAUCUGCAUUAUGGACUGAGCAGCAUGCAAGGUUGGCGAAUUGAGAUGGAAGAUGCACACACAGCUGUCAUUGGACUACCACAUGGACUUGAAGCAUGGUCAUUCUUCGCAGUCUACGAUGGGCAUGCUGGAUCCCAAGUUGCCAGAUAUUGCUGUGAGCAUUUGUUAGAUCACAUCACCAACACCCAGGAUUUCAAAGUUACUGAUGGCAUGACCGAGCCUACUGUAGAGAAAGUAAAAAGUGGAAUCCGAACAGGUUUCCUGCAGAUAGAUGAGCAUAUGCGAACAAUCUCUGAAAAGCGGCAUGGAUCGGAUAGAAGUGGGUCAACGGCAGUGGGUGUCAUGGUUUCACCCAAGCACAUUUACUUCAUCAAUUGUGGAGACUCACGAGGUUUGCUCUGUAGAAAUGGACAGGUUCAUUUCUUCACACAAGAUCACAAACCAAGCAAUCCACUAGAGAAAGAGCGCAUCCAGAAUGCUGGUGGCUCAGUCAUGAUUCAGCGUGUGAAUGGUUCCCUUGCCGUUUCGAGGGCUCUUGGAGACUUUGAUUACAAGUGUGUCCAUGGGAAGGGUCCAACGGAGCAGCUUGUCUCACCAGAACCUGAAGUUUAUGAAAUUGAAAGAAUGGAGGAAGACCAGUUUAUUAUCUUAGCAUGUGAUGGUAUUUGGGAUGUCAUGGGGAAUGAAGAGAUCUGUGAAUUUGUUAAAUCCAGACUAGAAGUUAGCGAUGACCUUGAGAAAGUUUGUAACCAGAUUGUUGACACGUGCUUGUACAAGGGUAGUCGAGACAACAUGAGUGUCGUAUUGAUUUGCUUUCCAAAUGCACCAAAAGUAUCACCUGAAGCAGUGAAGAGAGAGGCUGAGCUGGACAAGUAUCUGGAGAACAAAGUGGAAGAAAUCUGUGAGAAGCAGGGUGCUGAGGGGGUACCAGGUCUAGUCCACGUGAUGCGUGCUUUGUCGUCGGAGAGCAUUCCAAACCUCCCACCAGGAGGUGAACUGGCCAGCAAGCGGAGUGUUGUCGAAGCAGUUUACAGCAGACUGAAUCCCUAUAGGGCUGACGCAGAACCUCCAUCCCCUGAUGAUAUGUGGUAGCUGCCAACCAGAAGCUUGCUUACGUCCACAGUCAAGACCAUCACAUAUCCGCGAAUCACAAGUCUGCAAAACACUGUUUGAUUUUGCGAAGGAAGUUCAAAAAGGGUGUGAAUACAAUACCAGAAUUCAGUGACCAGUCAUGAUUCACUCAGGAUCUGAUUUAAUUACGGUGGCUGAAAAUACAGAAGAUUGAAUUAUUUCUGCUAUAAAUUGGGCAUUGUUUGAUUUAAUCUUAUUGACUUCAAAGUGCAAUUCUGUCUUUUUAUUAAAAACUUGCUUCUAUUUAAUGGAAUAUGACCUCCUUACAAAGUGUAUUAUAUAGAAAAACUAACUGAUGUCCCUGUGGCACAGAAGUAGCAGCCAUGUAUUUAGUUUAUCAGAAGAAGAAUCCUCUUCAUCCAAAGAAGUUUUGUUCCAAUCUUUAAAUUGAGCCUCGGGUAAGCUGUUCUUCAAAUUAUGUCCCAAUACCAGAGAUUAUAAAUGCUCUGUAAAUUUUAAUUUGGGGUUAGGCAGGCCAAGAUCUUGUAGAAUUGCUCAUUUGUAGGGUAUGUCACAGAUUAAACUUGAAUCAUAACAUCCACAUUACUGUAGGUAUUUUAAAGCUGACAUUACACUGCUGGGGCAAGUGAUUUAUUGAGAAUUAUAUAAUGCCCUGUCUCUAAUUUUGAAAAGUCUAGCUGAGGUAUGUACAUUGUUAAAUGGCAGAAUGCCCUAUGUUCUUGCUCUUAAAUAAAAUAUCUACCACACUCUAGAUUUUCACAGCAUUUUACUUAACAGUUAGUUAUAAUAUUGUAUACUUUAAUGCUGCAUUUCCACUUUGACGCCUUUCCACUUCCAAAAAUUAAAAUGUUGCUUACUUAUCUUCAUGAAUUUAAGCCUUCGUUUAUCUAUAAUCAGCUAGAUGGGCAGAGACCAAACCACAGAUGUCGAGCAUUAAUAUUGCCGUAUCAACUGAUAGAUAUAUUGCCUGUAAUAGUGAAGGUCAUUUGGUUAGGUUUUUUUCCCCCACCCAGGAGAUGGCGACCUUUUACUAGGUAAUUUUAUUUAGCCAAAUCACCAAGAAUGGUAAUGCUGAUAGCAUUAUUGGCCAGUGGGUUGGAUUGUCCAGUUGUUCAGCCAUCACUGGAAUGGCAGUUUGUGACCACAGAUCAGCAGUGAGCUGCUUUAUUGUUGUGCUUUGGAAUGUCAAAAUACUUCCACCAUUGAUCGGAUGCAUUUAGAAUCUUUAUAUAUGAUCUCUAAUCACCAAACCUUUUAGUUGUUUUCUUUACUAUUAUGUGUUAAUGAUACAAAGGUGAGAAUGCCUUUCUAAAAUCAAAGGAGUGAGAAAUGGAUGCAUUAUUGCACUUCAUUAAGCAAUCAUUAUUAUUUGACAAUCCAUGGCAUUAUAUAAUAACCUCAAUGUAUCCUUAAAGGGUAAAUAACACACAAGAUUAAUUUAGGCUGGUCUUGUGUCCCAAGUAAUUCAAAAUUGCACAUUUUUCAAAAUUGCUUUCAAUGUUUAUUUGUAUUUAAUAUUUUAUAAUCAAUAUUUGGUAACAUUAGACUAAAUCUUUCAUUAAUUGCUUUCCAGCAGUGGAGGAUUAAACAAAAAAAAAUGAGGUCUAUUUCAGGGUGGGAAAGUUUUAUAUAAAGUAUGUUGUCCUGAGGACAUGUGUUUUGAUGGUACAGAUUGUCUGGAGGUAGAUCUGCAUGUUCAGUGGGUUUAAAUACAUGGAAAGGAAUUGGUUAUGACACUGGAUCAGGUUUCCAUAUACCACUGUGAGUAGACAGUUUAAUACAAGUGACUGUUGAAUGAGCUUCCAGCUGUUUUCAUGUUCUGAACUAAAAAUGUAGAUUGUGACAUUGGAUUUUCUUUUAAUCUCAUCAGAGCAAAAAGUUUUUUUUUUUAGUUAUCAUGGUUUAAAAUUGCAUUGUACAGAGCUUCAACAGAAUGGAAUUCUAGUGCUGGUAAAAUAGAUGCCGCUUUUAUAGUUUUGGUGUAGUGCUUUCUGGUUAUAAAAGAUGCAGCAAUCAAUCAUUGAGGACAGUUUUAAAGUUUCUUUUAAUUACAACGGCUAUAAUUCCCAAGCCAACUGACCAAGGAAAAUAGGCAAAUGUUUGAACUUGUCUUUUUUCCCCCUAAAUAAUGAAGUAAUGUUAUUUUUGCUUAAAUAUUGCUACUUCAUAGUACUUUUCAUCAAAUUAAAAAUCUGAAAUUGCUUUGAAAGCAACUUUAUCUGUGUUCUCUCCCAUUUUCCUUUAAGAGUAAUACUGUGGUGCAGACCUGACUUAAUCAAUUUUUUCCCCUCACCAAGAUGAAUUUCAGCAAGGUGGUGAACUCAGGUCUUCUGACUGAAUGGAGUCCACUGCUGUGCCAUUUGAAUAAUGUCAUCUUUUAAAGAGCAAAAGAUACAGUAGCAAUAUUGUGAAGUCUUAUUAGAAUGCAUUAGUGAAUUCUAAUCCAUCUAUUUGUGAAAUUUGCUGUUGUACAAUUAAGAGAUGGCGUCUGAAAUAAUAUCUAACGGAUCUUGUGUAGAAAAUGAUAAAACCACAUAUUACUGUGCAAGAUUAAUAAACAAUACAUAUUUUAAUUGCUUCCUUACUAGUUAGAACUUGUGAUUUUAAGUAAAGACUAAUCUUUGGCAUCCAUAAUGAAAUAUACAUUGCUGGCAAUAUAGAACUGCUGACCAAUACACUUUAAAAUAGUAUUAUUCCCAGGUGGAUUUUCUAAUUUGAGUGGUUUGGAAACUAUACUUGUGUCUGAGAAGAUGAACUGCAAUUUUUUUAAUGAACUUAAAUUUAAGUUAAAUGAAGGAUAUGUUUUGUGUAUUCUGGGUUAUAAAUAUCUUCAAGUGAGGGUGACCAGAUAACACUCAAGUGGCUAGUUAUGGAAAUUCUGGUCAGCUUCAAAAGUAGAUAUUCAAUACAUUAUCAGGCUGUUCAUGGUCUAUUCUACUUAGAAUAUUUGGGCUGUUUUAAUCAAAAAUUUGUUUUAAUAUAUUUUGGAUAAUUGAUUGAGAUUACAAUUUUCAUCAGAAUAUCAUAACUCAAAAUUGCGUUGUUAUCUGUGCACAAGCGUGUUGGAGAAAUACUGUUAUAAGUAUUUGAAACACUUUAAAAAAUGAGUGUUGUGGCUUUUAAGAGGGCAAGCCAACUCUGAACUUUGCUCAUCCUUUGCUUCAAGUUUUUGAAUGACUACAGAUUUAAUUUGAAGUAUGUGAUCUUUCAGAUGAACUAAGUGCAAAUUGACUUUACUCACUGUUAUGUAAUAAAUGUCAGACAAAUGAACUUUCCCACCCAUGUUGCUUAGGUUGUGUUGUCAGAAAAUGUAAUUGUAAUCACACCAGUUUGCCUUACUAAGUUCUAGAAUAACAUUUGUCCCAGUACACUGCAAAAGAAGGGAUUAUAUGCCGCAUCUGUCUAAAACUUGCUGUGCCUGUCUUAGAAGAAAACUUUGUGAAUUACCAUAAAUAGUCAUCCUCUGCAGAUAUAUUGUUUGUUUAUAGCACUCAUCAUUAGCUCGCAUCUACAUUUUGUUAGACUUCACUUGCACAUUGAUAUAUAUUUUUUCAGAUCAAAAGAUAAUGGCAUUGGAAAAUAUUUUAAUAACUUUAGCAUAGAAAAUUACGCUAUCAUUGAGAAGUAAUUUAAAAUUUCUGUUCAGUUUAUCUCACACUAAAAUGCAUUGUUUGACAUGUAGAACGUGUAACAAUACUUGGUACAUUAUUGUUCACAGCAAUUAAACUGUUAUUGGAAAUUGAGAUUGUGUUUACAAAAAGCUUGUUAAUUGUAUAUUUUGUAUUAUGUACUGAUUCCAACUCCAAAGGAAAUACUGUGUGAAUUUAGUUCCUAACUGUGAGAUUGUACUAUUUGUUUGGAGUCAAUUGAACAAAUUGCAUAUGCCUGUGCAUUGUUAUGUUUGCAGACUGUGGUGGUUUGAAAUAUAUUUAUGGCUGGAGGUGCCAUUAAUUAAAGUGUCAGGCAAUUGCAUUA